AUGAGACCAUUAACAGAAGAAGAAACCAAAGUUGUAUUUGAAAAGUUAGCUAAUUACAUAGGACGAAACAUCUCCUUCCUUAUAGAUAACCCAACAAAUCCACAUGUAUUCCGACUCCAAAAAGAUCGAGUUUAUUACGUUUCUGAUCAAAUAGCAAAGUUUGCUACCAGUGUAUCCCGUAAUAACUUAAUGUCCUUGGGAACUUGUUUUGGUAAGUUUACCAAGACUGGUAAAUUCAGAUUACACAUCACUGCAUUACCUUACUUAGCUCAAUAUGCCAAGUUUAAAGUAUGGAUUAAGACCAAUGGUGAAAUGCCAUUCUUGUACGGAAACCAUGUAUUAAAGGCUCAUGUUGGUAGAAUGAGUGAUGACAUACCAGAACAUGCUGGACUUAUUGUAUACUCCAUGAACGAUGUUCCUUUAGGGUUUGGUGUAAGUGCUAAAUCUACGAAUGAAGCUAGAAGUUUAGCUCCUACUGGUAUUGUUGCAUUUAGACAAGGUGAUAUUGGUGAAUACUUGAGAGAUGAAGAUACUUUAUUUACAUAG